AUAUAUCGAAUGGUUGUAAAUCAUAUAAAUGUAAAGACUGGGAGAACUACUCCUUUUCUUUUUAUGAAAGAAUGAGACAAGGGCCUGGGGAAAAUGGUUUGCCAGUCAGAUUAUCAAUGUCCGAGAAAGCACUGUCGAAAAAAACACUUAACUCCAAUGGUUUCAAUAUUUAUGUGAGCGAAAAAAUCAAAACGGAUAGAUCAGUAAAAGAUAUAAGAUAUCCAAAUUGUAGAGGGGCUUUAUAUUCUGAAAGACUGCCUCUUGUGUCUGUAAUUAUACCAGUUUAUGAAGAACAUUGGGAAACACUUAUUCGCACUAUCGUGUCUGUUUUAAACCGAUCGCCGUUAGAGCUCAUUAAAGAAAUCAUUUUGGUUGAUGAUGGCAGCUCACGAGAGCAUUUGAAAGACAGACUCGAUAAUCAUCUCUCAAGGACCUAUCCUAGUGGUCUUGUUCAGGUGAUUCAUUUGAGAAAAAGGGAAGGGCUUAUCCGAGCAAAGUUAUCAGGUGCGAAGUUAGCAGCGGGUGACGUUCUUAUAUUUUUGGACUCUCACUGUGAAGCUAACGUGAAUUGGCUUCCACCUCUUCUGGAACCGAUUUCUAAAAAUUACCGGACUGUAACAUGCCCUUUUAUUGAUGUAAUUGAUGCUGACACCUUUGAAUACCGUGCUCAAGAUGAUGGUGCUCGUGGC